AUGGGCUCCCAACAGUCUACACCGCGUUCGCCAACAGCUUCCGCGUUGAAACGGGAGAUCGUCUCGGAGAAACCAUCGCUUGUGACUCAUGACGAUGAGCAUACCACUGCGACCUCAGGUUUUGAUGUUUUGAGCACAGAUAUACUAGAUAAGUGGUCAAAGGACUUUGACAAUAACCCAGUCCUCGCGCUGUCACGACUCGUUCUCUCCAAAGGGGAUCCAGUGUUAUCACUUGCCUCACGCUCAGCAUUGAUACGCGAUGCCAAGAUCUUCAACCUACAGCUGAAGGGUACCGGACCUCAUGGGGAGUAUCCUGGACCUCGUGUGAAUCAAGCAAGCUCAGGGAGAUGCUGGCUCUUUGCAACAACCAAUGUCCUGCGAUACAACGUGAUCGAGCAACUCAAGCUUGGCGACUUCGAACUAUCGCAGAACUACCUGUUCUUCUACGACAAGUUGGAGAAGGCAAACUAUUAUCUGGAAAACAUCCUGGAACUUCUGGACGAGCCGCUCGAUGGUCGGCUUUUGUCUUAUCUCAAUCAAGCUCCAGUAAAUGAUGGGGGUCAAUGGGACAUGGCUGUGAACAUCAUCGAGAAAUACGGUAUAAUCCCCAAGUCGCUUUACCCAGAAGCUUUUUCAUCCACAGCAUCCGGCAAGCUCGAUUCCUUACUUACCUCGAAACUCCGGGAAUAUGCUGUUCUUCUACGUGCUGCUGCUAGCCGAUCAAAGGACGCCGAGUAUCUUCGAAAACUUAAAGCUCAGUUCAUCGCCGAGGUAUACUCCACUUUGACGAUUGCCCUCGGUUCUCCUCCCAAACCCAAUCAGCAACUCACAUGGGAAUACUACGACAGAGACGAAAAGUUCCACUCAUGGACAGGCUCGCCGAACGAAUUUUAUGAGCAGUACGGCAAACGGAAAGGAAUGGAUCCAAAGGACAGCUUUAGCAUUAUUAAUGAUCCUAGAAAUGAAUACAACAAGCUGUACUCGGUGGAGAGAUUGGGUAAUGUGUGGAAGGGGAAUCCGGUCCGAUAUGUCAACGCUCCAAUCUCGGCACUGGAAGACGCUGUCAUCUCCGGAAUAAAAGCAAAUACACCAAUUUUCUUUGGCUGCGACGUUGGUAAAGCGAGCAAUACCCCCGAGGGCGUGAUGGACUGUGACGUCUAUGACUUGAAAGCGGCUUACGGUUUUGACUUGGGUAUGAAUAAAGCCCAGCGACUAGAAACGGGCGAGAGCUCAAUGACUCAUGCUAUGGUAAUCACCGCCGUCCAUCUCGAUGCUUCUGGUCGGCCUUUACGCUACAAGGUGGAGAACAGUUGGUCCGAUUCUGCGGGUGAAAAAGGAUGGUUCAUGAUGACCGCAGCUUGGUUCCAAGAAUACGUCUUUCAGGUUGUCGUACCCAAAUCAAUUGUGCACAAGAAAUGGAGUGACAUUCUUAAUAGCGAACAAGUCUUGCUCAAGCCAUGGGAUCCAAUGGGUUCGCUUGCCUAA